UUCUCUUUAGCAAAAUAAUGUCUCCACAAAAACAACAGCCUUAUUCAAACGCAACCGAUAUAUCAACUUAUUGUGUAAUUUCUAAUGAAGAAGUUAGACGUGUUCAUUGUCAUCAGUUUCCAAAUUUGAAAGCAACCACUGGUAAAUUGGCCGAUUUUCUUCCAAAUGUGUGUUAUUUCUGCAUUGUUGCAAUUAAAAAGAUGGAAGAAAAUGAGGAUUUUAAACAAAUUUGUGCUGAGAGGUUAAAAUUGAAGACAAUUUUUGGAGUUAAAUUUGAUGAGGAAUCUGAUGAUUUUAUUGCUGGAGCGCCUUGGGAACCUCGCAGUGUAUUUGUGCCUGUUCACCCAUUAUAUCCAAAGAGUGCUUUGCCGUGGUCUGAUCAAAACAAGGUAAUAAGCUCGGAAUGUGUUGUAAUUAAUGAUAAAGAAGUGUUUGUUGUACACCGACCUAAUCAUAAAGGAUUGAUUGGAUUUAUUAUUCCCGGCGAUUUUAUGUAUGUUGAUGGUCGUGUUCUUGGUUGUGAGCUCUACUUUUGUCGCUACAAUAUGGCUUACAUUGUUUACGGUUAUUAUCCUCAUCCUCUUGGAAAGGGCGGUCUUCGUGAAUUAGCUUGGUGUACACCAAUGACGAUUGGUUCAGAGAACCCAAUGUAUACACAUUGGAAAGAUGGCGGUGUUAAAGAGUUUUUGGGCUAUGUCAAACUUUGUCGCUUCAACAACUUUUACUGCACUUUCUGCAUUCCUCUAAUUGUUGACCCAAAAAAUGUACUUCAUGGAAGAGUUCUGCUGGGAGAUUCCAAUAAAAUGUAUCAACAAGAAAAGGAACAAAAUGUUGGAGUCAGAGUUUGGCUAAAAUUUAAUUCUGACAAGAAAGUUUUUCGUUGGGAAAUUACUGGAUUAUUUGAAGUGUUUAAAACAACAACAAAACAAUUACCUCUGUGGGCGAGGCCGUUGCCUAGUGAAUUGGAAGGUCCUAAACAUCAUGCCUUUACCUCAGUUGGUCUUAGAAUUAACCGUAAAGGAGCCGUCUAUUGCCCUCAUGUUUGCAAUUUUCCAAUGUUUAUCGACAGCAAAACAACGAAUAAAUCAAAAAUUAGUCUUGGCGAUUGGUUUAGUUUUAAUGCAAUAUUUGAUGAAAAAUCUAAAAUUUAUCGAAUCUUGAGUGUAAUAAAAUUGGUUCAGCAUCAAAAAUAUUUGUUUAAACAAAUUGAUGGAGAAGAGGACGUUUUUAUGUUCAAUAUUCCUUUAACUUCGAAUUACUUUACUUCUCGGCAUUUACUGUUUAAUGAAGAAUUCGGAUUUGUUGAAGAUGUUGAUAAAAAAAUUAUUAUGUUUACAAUUGCUUUUGAAGAAACUCAUCCAGAUACUACUGAAAGGGGUGUUUGGUGCAGAGAAAAUCCAGAUGUUGAGAAUCGUUUAGUUCCUUUUUGUGUUGUUGGAAUUGAAGAUCCUGCUGGAGUCAUUUUUUAG